AUGUCUGAAUUUGGUAAGAAGCCUUUCGGACAAUGGCAACAGCUACCGACCGGCUUUGACGCAUUUGGAUCAAACAUUCACAACUCCAACCAUCCUGUCAGUUCGCUUGGACCCAGGUUGUCCAGCUCGGCGCCCACAAUCCCGCCCACAACAACCGGCACUGGCUGGCUUGAGCAUCACAGUAACACACAAGGGUUGACUGCACUCAGCGAUCCUGGCACAAGUAAUGUCACAAAUCAUGCCGACUCGACCGGGUUUGGGGGCGGGUUCUUCGGUUCAAGCGCAAAGAAGACGAGCUUCAGCACAGGAAUGAGCCCAAGUACAGCCGGGUUUGGCUCAAAUGCUUGGACAAGAUUCAGGACCCCUACCACCUCCGUUUUCAGCGCUCCGAGUCAGUCUUUUGGUGGUUGGGCCUGGGGAAUCCCUGCCACGGAUACUUCAAAGCAGCCAUUCUCCCCAUUUGUUGAAAGUGAGCUAGGCAACAGGCAGAAGAGUUCCUAUCAAAAUGUUUGCUUCCAAGGUCCAUACAAGAGCUUCUCCCAGGAGGAGCUGAGGCUUGCAGAUUAUGCCCUCGGCCACCGGUACGGUCUAUCAUUUAGGUUCAGCGGCCCAAGUUUUGGAACCGGUUUUGGAACAUCAAUGCAGAGAAGUGCUUCUGGUCCACCUCAGACAUUUGGAAUCGGCUCCCAACAGGGUGCGUUUGGCACUGGUUUUGGAUCCGCUACUACCACCACUUCGCCCCUGGCCCCAAGUCAACAACAAGCACAAGGAUCGACAUCUUUUGCUGAAGCACAAAAGCCAAGCAGUAGCCAGCCGCCUACCGGAUCUAUCUUUAGGACAGAUUCGAGCACUGCUCCUAAUCCAUUUGCAUCAGCAGCUACCCAAGUAUCCGCUCUUUCAGGACCCUUAAGCACAAGUCAAAGACCUUGGGUUACUGACAGGUACUCGACUACUCAGGCUUGGCAGCAGGCAACACAACUCCCUAGCACAGAGAUGCCAGUUGGUAGAGUUCAAGUUCCUCAACCAUUCGGUCAACAGACUCAAUAUGAACAGACUGGCAAUCUUUAUUACCAGGUUCCUGGAAGGCCUUCUAGUGACAUAAGGCUCAUUCAGCAACCAUUACAAGAUGAUAGUCGUGCAACCAUUCAACCACAGUUGGUCGCCAAAAUUGACGAAAUUACUGCCUACGGACCACCUUGGUUAUUCUUGACGACAGAGGAGAAGCAGCAACAGCAGGACGAAGGCCCGCUGGCCGUGCGGCGGGCAAGCAAGGGUAAACCCAGAAGCCAAUCCGUACCCGCUGGCUUUUCUUUUAGAAGCCCUAGAUUGGCACCUUGUGAUAUGUCCCCAGGCUCUCCUAGGUCCAGCUUUCGUCAUGCUUUGUAUCCCGCGUCAUACCCAGUCAAAAGAACACUUCUGAGCUCCGACUGGAUGGGACCUCCAGACCUAGGCCAUGAACUAACCAGGAGCCCAUCUAGAAGAGGCUCUGACCAACGUCGCACCAGCGAAGACACAAUAUCAACCGGCGGCCAUAGAAAGGGCUUUAACAUAGUCGAGAAAUCCUUCUCACAGAUCUCUAAGCAGCUAAAGACACUCGAGAUUGAUCAAGACCGAGGCCGAGAUCUAUUCGCGAGUUCUUCUAAACGCAGAGGUCAAAAAGAGAGUAUCGGCACAACGGCAUUAACUGGCAUUGCCAACCCCGGUAGGGAAGGAGGGGCAAAGAGCCGAACGCCAGGUACUACGACUGAAACCAGCGAACAUACUAGUAGUCCACCCAGCCCAGGUAACACUGGUAAUAUCAGAUCACGAAGCGGAUGUGGAACAAAACAAAACGAUGAAAGUACAGCGGCCGAUUCCCAGCGCGGAGAAGACCUUCUGGCUAUGGACAAAGACCAGCGCAAAAGGGUGACAGACUUGACCAUUGGCCGGGAGAACGUUGGUGUCAUUCGCUUCAAACAUCCAGUUGACUUUACGGGCAUUGACCUUGAGAGUUUGCUCGGUGGUCUUGUCAUACUUGAAAGUCGAUCAGCAACGGUCUACCCCGACUCCUUUGGACUCAAACCCCCUCCUGGCGAGGGCCUUAAUGUUCCUGCUUCAAUUUCCUUGGAAAGUCCGUGGCCUCGAAAGAAGACAAACAGAGAAGAUCUAUCGGAGGAUGAGGCCAGGCGUCAAGUUGCGAGCCAUAUUGAGCGACUGAAACGCGUUGCGGUAACAAGUUUUGAGAGUUAUAGCGAGGAGGACGGAACCUGGACGUUCUCAGUCAAUCAUUUCUCGACCUACAACCAAGUCAUGUGCAAUAAUUAA